UGGUCUAUAUUAUAACUACAUUUUAGUUGGUUAUCCUGACUAUAAUAUAACUAAACAUUUCGAACGGUUUGUUUUGAUGUUGAUCGUGCGAUAUUUAAAUACACAUCAAAGUGAUAAAAAAUGUUACCUUUGUCGUUAUUAAGAACUGCUCAAAACCAUCCUAUGCUAGUCGAACUUAAGAAUGGAGAAACGUAUAAUGGACAUUUAGUUAGUUGUGAUAGCUGGAUGAAUAUUAAUCUCAGAGAGGUUAUAUGCACAUCCAGGGAUGGCGAUAAAUUUUGGAGAAUGCCUGAAUGCUAUAUUCGAGGUAGUACAAUUAAGUAUUUACGAAUUCCUGAUGAAGUCAUAGAUAUGGUAAAAGAAGAUGUACAAAUGAAAUCGAGGGGACGUGGAGAAAUGAAAGGAAGAGGACAAAGUCAACGAGGUCGUGGUAGUGGAAGAGGAACUUUUGGUCGUGGUGGUAGAGGCCCUGCUGCUCUUGGUCGUGGUGGAGGUAAUCAAGGAGGGAACAAAUCUCAAAAUAAAGCAAGAACCAAAUGAAAUUAUGUUAUCAUUUUAGUUUAUAUAGCAAAUCUCCAGUUUCCUAUUUUUUUUUCUCAAAAAUAUUCAUACAAAAUGUAAAAUUAUCACUUUUAUUAUGUAAGUAAUUUUUACUAAGAUGUAUAAACAUACAAACUGAAUACACAGCAAUUUUUGUAACAAAAAUCUAUUAA